UCCAGAGAAUAAAAAUGACCAGACGUUCAUUACCGGUCGAGAAUGAUUUGGGAGAAGUUAUAGGUCAAGAUAUUCUACCAAUAUUCAUAAUAGCUAGAUAUUUAUUUAUAUUUUCACUUUUGUUAGUGCUAAUCAUCUAUAAAUGGCGAAGAAGACAUUUUUCAAUGUAUGAAAACAUUGAAAAUUUUUUGUUAGAAAACAACAUAAAUCCCAUUAGAUAUGAGUAUCGAGCGGUGAAGAAAAUGACUAAAGGUUUCAAAGUGAAGUUAGGAGAAGGAGGUUUUGGUUGUGUGUACAAAGGAAAGCUUCGAAGUGGGUUAGAUGUUGCUGUAAAGAUGUUGAGCAAAUCCAAAGAUAAUGGACAAGAAUUUGUAAAUGAAGUAGCUACCAUUGGAAGAAUACAUCAUGUGAAUGUAGUAAGUCUUAUUGGAUAUUGUGUGGAAGGAAAAAAACGUGGUUUAAUUUAUGAAUACAUGUCUAAGGGGUCAUUGGAUCAAUAUAUUUUCUCUAAAGAAGGAAGUGUUCCUCUAAGUUAUGAAAAGAUAUAUGAAAUAUCUCUUGGGAUUGCUCAUGGGAUAUUAUAUCUACAUCGAGGUUGUGAUGUGCAAAUUUUACAUUUCGAUAUCAAGCCUCAUAAUAUUCUUUUAGAUGAUAACUUUAUUCCAAAGGUUUCAGAUUUUGGACUUGCAAAGUUGUAUCCUACAAAAGAUGGAUCCAUUAUUUUGACUACAAUAAGAGGAACAUUGGGUUACAUGGCUCCAGAAUUAUUCUACAAAAAUGUAGGUGGAGUUUCUUAUAAAGCUGAUGUCUAUAGUUUUGGAAUGCUUUUGAUGGAAAUAACAAGUAGGAGGAAAAACUCAAAUCCUCUUGCACAACAUUCAAGUCAACAUUAUUUUCCUUUUUGGAUUCAUGAUCAAUUUAAAGAAGAAAAAAAUAUUGACAUGAAAGAUGCUUCAGAAAUGGAUAAUAUUCUCAUGAAAAAAAUGUUCAUAGUUGCACUUUGGUGUAUACAAUUCAAACCAAGUGACCGUCCAUCAAUGAGCAAGGUUAUAGAGAUGCUUGAAGCAAAAGUUGAAACUCUUGAAAUUCCUCCAAAACCUUCAUUUUAUCUUCAUGAAAUAUUAGAGCAUGGUGGUGCAAUCUACUCUGAUGAAACACCAUGGAGUGAUUCAAUUAGUUCUAAUGUGAAUGUCGAUACAAAUAUGCCUAAUAAGUAAUUUUUGGAAUAGUUGA